AAUUAAUAAUCUCCACUCCCCACUCUCUCACCUUCCUCCAUCUACUCCCAAUUCACUUACCUUUCCUUCUUUCACAGCAAACCCAAUUCACAAUUUAGGGUUUUUCCCCAUUCCCCUAAUUUUCAAUAUAUACAUACACGAAUCCUAUCUCUAUAAUCUAUAAUCACUCUCUUCACUUUACACACACUCACACACUAAAUUAGGGUUUUGUUCUCCGAUAUGCAAUUCGUAGCUCCUGAUUUAGGGUUCACUAUGUAAUCACACUAUAUAUACACUGAUUAUUAUAUAUAUAUGGGGAAUUUAUAUGUUUUAUCGGUUGUUCUUGUUUUGUUUGUUUGGAUUACAAACCCUAGGUUUUUUAUCGGUUAUGUGAUUUCGAGAGAUGAAGAGUUUUCGAUCUCGAAUUUCGAUGAUUUGAGUUUGUUUCACCAGGAUUACUCACCGCCUUCGCCACCGCCUCCGCCUCCACAUCCACCGUCGGUGACUUGUGAGGAUGAUUUAGGUGGAGUAGGGUCGUUGGAUACUACUUGUAAGAUUGUUGCGAGUGUUAACAUUUCGAAAAAUGUGUAUAUAGCAGGGAAAGGCAAUUUUUAUAUCCUUUCGAAUGUUAGUGUUACUUGUUUGUCUCCUGGAUGUGAGGUUUCGAUUAAUAUAACGGGGAAUUUUAGUUUAGGGGAGGAUGCUCAGGUUGUAGUUGGUUAUUUUGACCUUACGGCUGAUAAUGCGACUUUUGGUAACGGUUCUGUGGUGAAUACGACUGCAUUGGCAGGGGAUCCGCCGGCUCAAACGAGUGGGACACCACAGGGUAUUGAAGGUGCGGGUGGAGGACAUGGAGGGAGAGGUGCUUGUUGUUUGAAUGAUAAGGAGAAGUUACCAGAGGAUGUUUGGGGUGGGGAUGCGUAUUCGUGGAACUCUUUGAGGAUGCCGGAUAGUUUUGGGAGUAAAGGGGGGACAACAAGUAAGGAGGAGGAUUAUGGUGGCGGUGGAGGUGGAAUUAUUAAGUUGAUAGUUAACAACUAUCUUGAGGUGAAUGGUAGUUUGGUGGCUGAUGGUGGGAAUGGAGGUCCUAGGGGUGGAGGAGGAUCUGGAGGCAGCAUUUUCAUCACUGCUCAUAAAAUGAUUGGUACUGGCACAAUAACUGCUUGUGGAGGUGAUGGGUUUGGUGGCGGGGGUGGUGGAAGGGUCUCUGUUGACGUGUUUAGCAGGCAUGAGGAUCCUAAAAUUAAAGUUCAUGGUGGAAGCAGUCUUGGUUGUCCUGAGAAUGCAGGUGCUGCAGGGACUUUCUAUGACACUGUUCCACGGAGCCUUUUUGUUAACAAUCAUAACAAAUCAACAGAUACUGACACACUUCUUUUGGAAUUUCCAUACCAGCCCCUGAUGACAAAUGUUUAUAUUGAAAACCAAGCUAAGGCUGCUGUCCCUUUGCUCUGGAGUCGUGUCCAGGUCCAAGGACAAAUCAAACUUGUAACUGGUGGAGCGUUGAGCUUUGGGCUAGCACAUUAUUCUUUAUCAGAAUUUGAACUGUUAGCAGAAGAGUUGUUAAUGAGUGAUUCUGUAAUCAAGGUUUAUGGUGCACUUCGGAUGUCUGUCAAAAUAUUUCUGAUGUGGAAUUCAGAACUGCUAAUAGAUGGCGGUGGAGAUGCUAAUGUUGAGACAUCCUCGCUUGAUUCUAGUAAUCUCAUAGUUCUCAAGGAAUCUUCUCUUAUCCAUUCAAAUGCCAAUCUGGGUGUUCAUGGACAAGGUUUAUUGAACUUGUCUGGACCAGGAGACACUAUUGAAGCACAACAUCUGGUUCUGUCUUUGUUUUACAAUAUCAAUGUUGGCCCUGGAUCUACUUUGCGUGGUCCACUAGUAAAUGCCACCAAAGAUGCUGUGGUACCAAAGCUGAAUUGCAACAGUCAAGAGUGUCCAGUUGAAUUGCUUCAUCCACCUGAAGAUUGUAACGUGAACUCUUCGCUGUCCUUUACGCUUCAGAUAUGUCGAGUUGAAGAUAUCCUUGUUGAAGGCCUUGUAGAAGGGUCAGUUGUUCAUUUUCACCGUGCAAGAACUAUUGACAUUCAGCCUUCUGGAAUCAUCACCACCUCUGGGAUGGGUUGCAUUGGUGGUGUUGGUAGAGGUAAAUUAGUUGGUGGUGUUGGCAGCGGAGCUGGGCAUGGCGGGAGAGGUGGUAAUGGCUGUUACAAUGAUAGCUGCAUUGGGGGUGGUAUUUCAUAUGGAGAGGCUGAUCUUCCUUGUGAACUGGGAAGUGGAAGCGGAAAUGAUAGUGUAAUUGGUUACACAGCUGGCGGCGGUAUUCUAGUGAUUGGUUCGUGGGAACAGCCGUUAACAAGCUUAUCAGUUAAAGGCUCAGUGAAAGCUGAUGGAGGAAGUUUUGGGGACAAGAGUCAUAGUAGAUACUUUGUUGGGUCAGAUAAUGUGAAUGAAGGUAUUGGCGGUGCAUCUGGUGGAACAAUUCUUCUGUUCUUGCGGGCACUUGCUCUUGGUGACUUGGGUAUUCUUUCAAGUGUUGGGGGUCAUGGUAGUCCAGAUGGAAGUGGCGGAGGGGGUGGUGGUAGAAUCCAUUUUCAUUGGUCAGACAUUCCGACAGGAGAUGUGUACCAGCCUGUAGCUAGCGUGGAAGGAAGUAUCCAUGCUAGCGGAGGCGUGGGUGGGAAGCAAGGUGGUGCAGGGGAAAAUGGAACAAUAACUGGAAAAGCUUGCCCAAAAGGGCUUUAUGGGACAUUUUGCACGGAAUGUCCUGCUGGUACAUAUAAAAACGUAACGGGAUCCGAUAUGUCCCUUUGCUAUGAGUGCCCGUCUUCUGGUCUUCCCAGGCGUGCAUUUUAUGUUGCUGUCCGAGGCGGUAUCGCUGAAUUACCCUGCCCUUACAAGUGCAUUUCCGACAGAUAUCACAUGCCACACUGUUACACAGCACUAGAAGAGUUAAUAUACACAUUCGGUGGCCCAUGGUUAUUUUGUCUCAUUCUUUUAGGGAUUCUCGUACUUUUAGCUCUGGUGCUUAGCGUUGCUCGAAUGAAAUUUGUGGGCACUGAUGAAUUGCCUGGUCCUGCCCCCACACAUCAUGGGUCUCAGAUUGAUCACUCAUUCCCUUUCCUGGAAUCACUGAAUGAGGUCUUGGAGACUAAUAGAGUUGAAGAAUCACAAGGUCAUGUGCAUAGAAUGUACUUCAUGGGAUCUAAUACUUUCAGCGAACCUUGGUAUCUACCUCACACUCCCCCGGAGCAGAUUAAAGAAAUAGUAUACGAAGAUGCCUUCAAUAGAUUUGUGGAUGAGAUAAAUGCAAUAUCAACUUAUCCGUGGUGGGAGGGAUCAGUGUACAGUAUUGUUCGCAUACUGGCAUAUCCUCUAGCAUGGUCCUGGCUACAAUGGCGGCGUAGAAUUAAGUUGCAAAGACUUCGUGAAUUUGUGCGAUCAGAGUAUGAUCAUGCAUGUUUACGUUCAUGUCGCUCACGUGCACUCUAUGAAGGGCUGAAGGUAGCUGCAACCCCUGAUCUAAUGUUAGGGUACGUAGACUUUUUUCUUGGCGGUGAUGAGAAGAGGACGGAUCUUCCUCCUCGUCUUAGUCAAAGAUUUCCUUUGUCUUUGAUGUUCGGAGGUGAUGGAAGUUACAUGGCACCUUUUUCGCUUCACAGUGACAACAUCAUCACAAGCCUCAUGAGCCAGUCUAUUCCACCUACCACUUGGUACCGAUUUGUUGCUGGCUUAAAUGCACAAUUACGUUUGGUACGUCGGGGUCGCCUCAAAACAAUGUUUCGAGCCGUUCGCAGAUGGCUUGAUACUUAUGCCAAUCCUGCAUUACGAAUCUCUGGUCUUAGGGUUGAUCUUGGUUGGUUUCAAGCUACUGGAGGUGGUUAUUGUCAAUAUGGACUUCUUGUCUAUGCUGCGGAUGAUGCUAAUCAUCUAUCCUUUGGAGGUGUGGACCAUGCAAAACCUAGUCAGCAGCACUCACGUGUGGAAGAUAUAAUUCAUAGAGAGAAUUAUUAUGGCCAUCUGAAAGAAGAGACAACCUUAAUCCAAUCACCCGUAGUUGAUGAAACUAAUAUGAGACGAAGAAUGAUACAUGGUGGAAAUGUAGAUGCUAAUGACAUAGAAGUGCUGGAGGAGAAGCGGGAUUUAAUUUUUCCUCUCUCUUUCAUCAUUCACAACACUAAACCCGUAGGCCAUCAGGAUCUUGUUGGGUUGAUCAUUUCAAUGCUGCUACUAGGAGAUUUUAGUUUAGUUUUGCUUACUUUGCUCCAGUUGUAUUCCAUUUCAUUGGCCGACGACUUUCUAGUUUUGUUUAUUUUACCCCUUGGGAUCAUACUACCAUUUCCUGCUGGAAUCAAUGCUCUAUUUAGUCAUGGACCCAGACGCUCAGCGGGGCUUGCACGUGUCUAUGCUUUGUGGAAUAUCACUUCUUUGGUUAAUGUGGCGGUUGCAUUUAUAUGUGGAUAUUAUCACUACAGCACGCAGUCAAGUAAAAAAGUACCUUAUAUUCAGCCGUGGAACAUGGAUGAAAGUGAAUGGUGGGUGUUUCCAGUUGCACUAGUUCUAUGUAAAUGUAUUCAGUCCUGGCUUAUAAAUUGGCAUGUAGCAAAUUUGGAGAUUCAGGAUCGAUCAUUGUAUAGUACUGACUUUGAGGUGUUCUGGCAGUCAUGAUAUUUAACCAAUCAAAAAUUUUAGUACAGUAGGAGUUACCUAUGACGGCAGGUUAGAAAUGAAAGGAAAUGGAAGUACAGAGAAGAUGAGGGAAUAUUUUGGACCCCUCAUUUCAGUGAUAUAGUUAUAGUUUUCUGCACCGUGUAAAUAUUGCCUUGGCAAAUCAUAGAGGGUUGUAAUCUUCGGUGAUUUUCAUAAUGUUAUCAUGUUAUGGUCCACUUUAUUAUAUAUAUAGUUUUGGAAAAGCUUAAUGAAUGCAAAUGAGCAGGAGGAUUAAAAUGUCAUAUGAUGCAGUCUUGUUAUUAUCACAGUAAUAGUAGGUACCUUUUAAUUUGAGUGGAUUACUUGGUGAUGUUUGUGUGUCUCUUCAGCUUCCGUUGCCUAGGCCAAACAUUUGUGUGGUACAAUGUAAUAGUAGGUAGCUUUUAGUUUGCUUCUCUUCUUUCAAGCA